AUGGCUGGACGAUCAGCCGAGUGGGUCCGUUUUAUACAUUUCCUUCGGGAGCGGUGGGACCUUGUCCCAGAAGCAGCUGACGGAGCUGGCCUUGGGAUUAGAGAUGAGCGAGCAGAGAUUCGUGUGGGUGGUACGGAGCCCAAACGACGGCGUAUCCAACGCCACUUUCUUCAGCGUCCACAGCCAGAACGACCCGCUGGCUUUCUUGCCGGACGGGUUCGUCUCGAGGACCAAAGGGAGGGGUUUCCUGGUGCCGUCGUGGGCCCCGCAGGCGAAGAUCCUGGCCCACGGGGCUACCGGCGGGUUCCUGACCCACUGCGGGUGGAACUCCACCCUGGAGAGCGUGGUGGAAGGGGUGCCGCUGAUCGCGUGGCCGCUGUACGCGGAGCAGAAGAUGAACGCCGUCAUGCUGACGGAGGACCUCAAGGUGGCGCUCCGGCCCAGGGUGAGUAA